AUGUCUGUUUCAAAAACAAUAGGUUCCAUUGCAAGUAAAAGUAGUGCCACUCAACAACUGGUUCGAUGUGGUUGGGUAACUAGCGAUCCUCUAUAUUUGGAGUAUCAUGACCAUGAGUGGGGAAUCCCAAAUAGAGAUCGGAGACACUUGUUUGAAAUGAUUUGUCUGGAAGGUCAGCAAGCCGGUCUGAGUUGGAUCACUAUUCUAAAGAAGCGUGCUGCCUACAAAUCCUCUUUUCAUAAUUUCGAUGUAGACAAGGUUGCAAACAUGACCGAUGAAGAUAUCAAUAAACUAUUGAGUUUGACAAACUCUUCAAUCAUUAGACAUCGUGGAAAGCUUGAAGCGAUUGUCCACAACGCCAAGAUGGUAAAAGCAAUGGAGAAGAAAGGCGAGAAUCUAUCCGAUUUCUUUUGGUCGUUUUCACCAAAUAAUAAUAGUAAUAGUAAAAUAAAAUCAACAAAAGUGGAAGAAGUGGACGAUGAAGAAGAUGAAGAAGUAGAUGAGAGUGUUUCAAAAAGAAAAGGUAAGGCAAAGGCUACAGAGUCAAAACAAAGUACAACUAAAUAUUUCAAUAGCUAUGAUAGUCUUUCAGAGGUACCUGCAACAACAACAGAGUCUGACCUGAUGUCAAAAGAGCUCAAGAAACGUGGAUUCAAAUUUGUUGGAUCGACGACUUGCUAUGCAUUUAUUCAAGCUUGUGGCCUAGUUAAUGACCAUAUUAGUGGCUGUUUUUGUUAUGCACCAAUAAAGAACAACGUGGCUGCCGUCGAAACUACCAGUCAAGCAAUUGCUAAACAGGAGGAUACUCUCAAAAUUGAAGAUACCGAGGAGGAAGUAUCAGAUGAUGAAACAUCAACAACAACAACCACCAGUAGUAAGAAAAGAAAGAAUACAAAGAAUACAAAUAUAAAAUCUCAAUCAACAACAACAACUAAAAAGAAUAAAUCAAAAUAA